AUGCCAUUCGGAUUAGCCAACGCUCCGGCCACCUUCCAAUAUUGGAUCAAUGAUAUUCUACGACCUUAUCUUGAUCAAUUCGUAACGGCAUAUCUGGAUGAUAUCCUGAUCUAUUCAGAUACCUUAUCGGAACACAAGGACCAUGUUCAGAAGGUUCUAAAGGUACUUGAUGAGAAUCAUGUUCACCUUAAACCCGAGAAAUGUGAGUUUAUGGUUCAGGAAACGAAGUAUCUCGGCCUUAUUCUCACCCCGGAUGGGAAUAGAAUGGAUCCAAAGAAAGUUGUUGAUGUGUUAGAGUGGUCCACACCAAAGAAUCUUCAUGAUGUUCAAGUAUUUCUGGGAUUUGCGAAUUUCUAUCGGCGUUUUAUUUUGGGAUAUUCGAAAAUUGUUGCUCCGCUUACAGCCUUAACGAAGAAAAAUGUUAAAUUUGAAUGGACAGAUGGAAGGGAGGAAGCAUUCCAAACAUUGAAAAAGAGGUUUACAACGGCACCAAUCCUAGCGCACUUUGAUCCAGAUCGAAGAAUCGUGGUAGAAACCGAUGCGUCAGAUUAUGUCUCUGCAGGAAUCUUAUCUCAACGUGAUGAUGAAGGGACUCUACAUCCAGUCGCAUUCUUCUCUAAGAAGCAUUCCCCUGCGGAAUGCAACUAUGAAAUCUAUGACAAAGAACUUCUGGCAAUUGUACGAUGUUUUGAGGAAUGGCGACAUCAUUUGGAAGGGGCACAGUUCCCAAUCGAAGUCCUCAGCGAUCAUAGAAACCUCGAAUAUUUCAUGUCAACAAAGCUAUUAAACCGUCGACAAGCCCGUUGGUCGGAAUUUCUUUCACGUUUCGAUUUCGUCAUUCAAUUUAGACCAGGGAAACAAGGGGCAAAGCCGGAUGCAUUGACUAGGAGGUCGAGUGACCUACCUAAGGAGGGGGAUGAACGGUUGACGCAUCAAAGCCAGGUGGUUUUGAAGCGAAAAAAUUUGGAUUCAAAGCUAAGUUUGUUCGCGGGUUCUUUUUCAAAUGAAUCCGCUGAAGGAAUGUCCACUGUAGAAGAGUUGUUUUUAAAUGCUUACCAAGUUGACAGUUUCCCGAACAAAGUACUUGCGAUGCUUCGGAACGGCGUCCGUCACUCGAAUAAGAUCUCGCUUGCCGAAUGUAUGGAAGAUAACAACGGUCGGCUACUUUACCGUGGCGCACUCUAUGUACCCGACGACAAUGACCUUCGGCUAAGACUUCUAAAAGAGUAUCAUGACAAACCAUCGGCAGGUCAUCCAGGCAGAGCGAAGACUUUGGAACUCCUGAAUCGAGAGUAUUACUGGCCACAAAUGCGGAAGUAUAUCGAUCAGUAUGUUCGGAAUUGCAAUGUGUGUGCCCGUAGCAAGGCACUACGCAAUGCACCCUAUGGAGUACUCCGCCCGAUGCCAAUACCCGAUGGACCAUGGACGGAUGUGUCAAUGGAUUUUGUUACCGACCUCCCGGAGAGCGAUGGAUACAAUGCAAUCUUGGUCGUGGUGGAUAGGUUAACUAAGAUGCGACACCUAAUACCAACAACAAAGGAGGCGGACUCAAAGGAAGUAGCGAGGUUGUAUAUCGAUAAUGUUUGGAAAUUACAUGGACUCCCUGAAACUAUGGUAUCUGAUCGAGGAACACAAUUUGUUGCGGAAUUCUGGAGGUCCCUUUGCGAUCGUUUGGAAAUAUCGCCAAAGUUCUCUACAGCAUUUCACCCCCAGACGGAUGGACAAACGGAAAGAAUCAAUGCUGUGAUGGAACAAUACCUUCGGAGUUAUGUUUCUUAUCAACAGGACGACUGGGUACGAUGGUUGCCAAUGGCCGAGUUUGCAACAAAUAAUCAUGCUUCGGAAACGACGAGAAUCUCUCCAUUUUACGCCAACUCAGGGAGGAAUCCAAGAAUGACUUUCGGCCCUCUGGAACAUGGCAAGACGACAGCGGAAGACCAAGCGAAUACCAUUGCACGAGAAAUGAAGGAUAUACUAGACGUUUUACGGGCUGAAUUGUUCCGAGCGCAAAGGAUUCAAGAAGAGUCGGCCAAUAUAAGUCGGACUCCAGCGCCUCACUAUCGUAUGGGGGAUAAAGUUUUCCUAUCGACCCGCCAUGUCCUCACCAAACGACCCUCGAAGAAACUCGAUUGGAAGCGUAUUGGGCCAUAUGUCAUUAAGCGAAUUGUCAAUCCCUACGCCUACGAAUUAGAACUUCCCCGUUCUAUGAAGAUCCAUCCUGUGUUUCAUGUUUCAUUACUGUCGCCGGAAGCCAUUGAUCCCCUACCAGGACAACAACAGUUACCACCACCGCCGGUCGAAGUUGAAGGACAGGAGGAGUGGGAAGUCGAGGAUAUUUUGGAUUCCAGGGAUCGUCGAGGAAGAUUUGAAUACUUGGUUAAGUAUGCCGGUUAUGACGAAGCUUCGUGGCAGCUAUUGUCGGAUGUCGAACAUUCGCCCGAUAUUGUCAAACGAUUUCACAAACAAUAUCCACGGAAGCCUAAGCCUACCAGGAGGUAG